AUGGGUGUAGUUAGUACUGUGUUGACGCUAGACGCAGCUUUCGCAUUCGUUACUGGAACUCUACUUUACUUCGCACCUCAUUUUUUCUCCGACAUACUUUUUGUAAGUUUUCCCAAACAUUUUGAUUCAACCUGAUGGCACUAUAUUUGUAGCAGAGAAAAAGUGACGGAGUUCAUUGGCACUUAGUGAGAUGCAUCGGGGGACAAAUUUUGGCUUCUUCUUUCGUUUCCUACCGUUUUAGGAAUUCCUCAGGCUCUUCUCAUACUGUAUGUCAUAUCAUCAGAGUCAUUGUAAGUUUUGUUCAUUUCAUGCCCUGAAAAUCAUGUUUUUUCAGCCCUCAAUUUUGCUUCUUGUUCUUCUCUACCAGUGUCAAUCGAUGACUCCUGAUUUAAUCCCACUUUUGGUAAGUUUUGAUAUGUGAUCUUGGGAAUUUUGAUGGAUUCAGGCUCUGAAAGGUUUGAAAUCAUUGAUGUUUUUCACAGUCGCUCUUCAUUUUUUCUGGCUUCUUGUCGGCAAGUGGCAAGUUGGUAGGUUGUUUCAAAAGUGUGAAGAUGAUGGAUCAUCAUUUUUCCAACAGGAAACCAAUUGUGUAAAUCUGACACUCUCGGAAACUUUUUGUAUCAACUCGACGCCGUUGCUUCUGUUUGCAUCGGGGCGGCCUGGAUGACUUUUCCGAAAUGGCUUCUUCAUCGUCAGGUCAGAACUUUUGAUGUACCUCAAAAUGAUCAAAAAAACAUAUUUGCAUCUGAAAAAGUACAGAACAAUGUUGUAUAUUCGUCUUUACUUCUUCUUCUUUUUUUUUCAAGCUUCUAAGCGCGUUUUCCAAAUCUUCGAAAGUAUUUUUGGUUUUUCUACUUCUUACAAGUUCGAACCAAGAACGCGAAAAUAAAACUUUCUCACAAACAUUUUCUGUUUUCAAGGUAUUACUAUUUUUAUUGGAAUUUUUUCCUUGAGGGUUUUGAAAGGGAGUUAAUUUAAAUCUGAUUUGAAAGUGAAUAUGUUUUUCGAAAUCGAAAUGUGUUGCAAGAUCAGUUUUUUACCAGAACCUUUUCAGGUACUUGUAGAUCUGGACGAGUCACACGAACUUUGCGGCCGAGUCAUGGGAGCUCUUUUCAUAUCGUCCUACGUUGUCUCUACGCACGCCCUAUAUUGGGAAUCGCAGCGCGACCGAAACGUCGCCAUUGACGGAAGGGUUUUGGUAAGUUCUGAAAUCACGACGAAAUUCAUUUGAAUCUGAUUCACCAGACACUAUGAAAAAAUGUCUACAAGCUAGAAUUGUACAUAAAAAGUUUUGUUAAUUACACUGCUAUGGUUUUGAAAACAUGGAAAUCAAAUUUAAACUUUGUUUAAAUGAUAGAUCGAUCUAUGAGGAUCCUUUUUAUAUGUGUUCGCACUUUGGCUUCAUGUGAAGAGCCUGUGCUUUUUUUCUCAACAAAUGCGUUUUUUUUAAAUCAAACUAAUUUUUUUACUUCAAACUCAAUCGGAUCCUCGAUGCUAUUUUUGAUCUUUGCUUUGUUUUAUCAUUCACAUUCAAACUCAAUUUUAUUAAGCCCAUCUUCUUAAUUUUAGGUUUCUUCACAUCAACAGAUUGCCUCUAGAGAGAAGCAGAUUGCGGCUUUCAUGAAAAAAAGAACAAAAUCAGCUCACUGAGCAACUUUUUUUCCUUUUGUUGACGUAGUAAAAUGUCAAUUAAUUAAUGAAACAAUUUCAAACAAACUCUGAGAUUGGCUUCCACUAAUUUGAAAAAAAUUGAAUCCUUUUUUUACGGUAUUCCAAUCAUAAUAUGUCCCAAAAAAAUAAUCUUAUAAUAAUAUUGCGAUUUUAUGUUUUUAUUGAUGAGCAUAUGAUAGAAAAAAAUUUAUUUCAGUGAGAAAAAAAUUCAAAAAAAUUUUUAUUUUUUUAUUCAGUUUUGAGUUUUUUUCUCAAUAAUCUUUUUCAAAAAAACACGUUUUUUUAUUGCUGAAUCGAUGAUCGAUGUUCUCAGUAGAAGAAAUAAUUUUUUUACGAAUUAAUCUUUAGUUCGAUUCAAUAGGAUUUCAUUCAAAAAUUUGAAAAAAAUAUUGAAAACAAAGAAAAAUAGACUUUUUAGACCGAAUACAAGUUUCAGUGCUGUCUGUCAAUUCUGGCGGCGCAGUUGUGGUCUCAGACCUACGAGUCGUGGUCUGGCAACCACUGGAUCGGAAUCACUCUUUUUUCCACUUGGACCGUCAUUUCUCUCAUUUACCGCACUUACAUCGGCGUGAAGGGCAAGUCGCACAGAGAAUGA